AUGCCGCAGGUUCUGCCCCACGGGCCUUUCCUCCUGGGCGGUGCUGUCGGCGCUGCCUUCUGUUCAGAAUCUGAGUGUUUGAACGCCGCGCGGUGUCUGAGGUGGCGCCCGUUCCCCUCAGCGCGGCUCGGAGCCGCGGCUGCCGACGGCGUUAGCCUCUUCCCGAUUCCUUGCCUUCUGCCGCUCUGCAGUUGUGACAUCACACGGGACACACUCAGAGCCCACACCAAAGAGCUCAGCACACAUCCGUCUGAGUCACCUUCCUCCUCACCCAGGACACCGUGUGUGGUCGAAGCUGACGUCUGUUGUCUGUUCCGUCGCUCUGCCUGCCUUGUUUUCCAGGCCCACCAGCCUCCUCUCGCUGGGAGGACCCUUUCACACUGUCAGCUGAGACAAUGGAAGCACUCCUGCCUGCACUGCUCUGUGUCUGCAGAUUCGAACCUCUUCCGGGGACACCUCCCUGACGCCACCCUGCCUUCUGACAAGGUGGGCUCCCCCUCUGCUGCGCCGUUCUUCUUGGCAUCUUUUAGGCCGUCGCGACUCCCUGCUGGGGCAGUGGCUGCAUCCUGGAGCACAAAGUUCUUUGAGGCACAAAUCACUACUUUAAAUAACUUCAGAAGUUGUAGUGAUGGAAUGAAGAAAAACGGAAUACUACACACAAGUCACUGCUGGAGAAAGAGUAAGCUCAGCCCCCAGACGAGGCACGAGGUGCCUGUGCCCUGCACCAGCCCCUGGCCCUCCAACGUCCCCAGUGUCUUUCAGUCCAUUUCAGGAACAAAGGAUGGCCUGCAGCAGCCCCUGGAGGCCACCAUCACCUGUGUGAUCGGUGAGCACGAGAUCCCCUAGGGGCUCAGGCACACACAGGCUAUGGACCUCACAGUGGUGGCCUUGGUUGUGAACAUGCUAGGUUCUGUGAUACAUGGCUGGCCUCCAACUAGCUGCUUUCAAAAACGGGACCAGCCAUUUCUGGUUUUUUUUAAUAUUGCAAAUAAAAUGUCCUUGUA